AUGGGCACCGAGCCCGAGACCCAGGGCUGUUCUGGUGGUCCCUCUUCCGGCAGCUUCCGCAAGAUCUCCAAGCCACUGAUGGAGAAGAAGCGACGGGCGCGCAUCAAUGUGUCGCUGGAGCAGCUCAAGUCCUUGCUGGAGAAACAUUACUCGCACCAGAUCCGGAAACGCAAGUUGGAGAAGGCAGACAUACUGGAGCUGAGCGUCAAGUACAUGAAAAGUCUUCAGAAUGCGGUGCAAGAGCUCUGGCCUGUCCCCAGCGGAGCCGAGUACCCGUCGGGCUUCCGCGGCUGUCUGCCUGGCGUCAGCCAGCUUCGGCGGCGCGGAGAGGAGGGCGGCGGCGGCCUGCGCUGCCACCUGGUGCACGAGGGUGCGGGUGGCAGAACCAUGGACAGCGCCGGGCCGGGCCUCGAGGCGCCCGCGAGAUGCGGCCCCUGCGCUCCCGCCGUUUGGGCCCCUGAUCCGGCCGCCGGCGGCUCGCGGUCCCCGCCAUCCCGACUCCUCUUCCCUGGAGGUCUCCCCGGCCCGUCCACCAGCGUCCCGGAGCCGCAGCCGGCGUCUCGUCGCUUGGCCGAGAGCCCCGGGCCUGGGCUGCGCGUGUGGCGGCCGUGGUGA